AUGAAGGAGUCUCUUGAUCUCAAGGUUGCUGAGAUAGAAUCUUUGAUGUCAGAAGAAGUCAAGAAGCUAGAAGAAAAUUACAAUCUGUUGCAUGGAAAAGUGGUUGUUAUUGCUGGUGCCAUAACUCGUUUGGUUAAGUUCAAUAAUGAGUAUACAAAACGUUUUCAAGCUAUGUCUGAGAUGGAUGAAAAGAUGGUUUGGAAUGUUGAGUCGAACAUCAAAGCUGAGCUAGGUCCAAUCGUUAGUUUGGUACUUUGUUUACCAACAAAUGCUCCUCAUGCUACACAAUUUUUACAAUGGGGAGAAAGAGAAGUUGGAGGAACUGCAUAUUCAAAUGUUUAUGGUGAUGAUACAGGAGUUGUUGUUAGGAAGCUUAUUUUGAGUCAAAUUUUAAGAACAAUCCCUAUGAAGCCUAUAACCGUAUCUUCGAUAACAACUUCUACAACAACAAAUGUGCCAAAAGUUCCAUUGAAAGGGAUUUUAAUCAAGGAGGAUGAAGGAGGCUUAAGUAACGAUCUUGUCAAAAGAACUUCACAAGUUGAUUUGAAAGACAAAGGAAAAGUCAUUCCAAUUAAACAAUCAGAUGAGGAAAAGAAGAAAUUACAAGCAGCAGAAUUAGAAUUUCAAGACAAAUAA